AAACAUCUUUAUACAAAAAAAAUUAAAAAAAUAAAAAUAAAAAGUUAUUAACAACAAAAGAUAUAAAAAAAUAUGGAUUAAUUACUUAUGACCACCGUAUAAUACGCGGGUAUUAAUUAACUUUAUAAAAUUUAACAUAAUAUGGAAUAAUAGCUAAUUAUUAGCUUUAGACUAAUUUAGGAAAGUCAAGUAAUACGGAGUAUCCAAAGAAAAAGAAUAGGCAAGAAAAAAAAAUGAAAUUACUUUCGAAGGGGUACAACCGUAAUUCAAUCAUGAAAAAUAAAUUAGAAAAUUACCUCAUUAAUAAAAUUAGCCGUCUGUAUUUCAGUUUGUCUCUUCCUUUUCCUUCCAAAUACAGACUUAAAACUCCACUCACUCCUCAAAACCUCACACCUUCUUCUUCUUCUCCUCAAUUUUCAAAAUAUUGUUAGGAGACACAUAUUCAAACCCCACAUUCACCAUCAGAUGAUUCCAGAAACCCAAUUCACCUUCCUUUAACCCUCCCCCAAAAUUCAAAAAAGCUUCGAUUUUUUUUCAUUAAUGGCGGCUGGUUGGGUUAAAUCAUUGCAAUGCAAAUCAAGAGCAGUUGAAGAUGUUUUCCAACCUCAACCUAAACAACUCCUUACUUCUACCAGCUGCAAAAACAGCUUUCAAAAUCUCAAAGACGUCGUUGAAAACUCCAAACCUAAACCCAGACCCAAACCCAGAAAGCCCGACCCGUUUUCCCACCGAGUUAAGCGUUCCGAUUCCGUUAAACCGACUCCCGAUUCAACGGUACAUAACCGUGUUAAACGCACCGUUUCGGCUCCGCUUACGAAAGGCCCGAUUCUCUGUGACCCGUUUUUCCCCUCGGUUACGGAGUUGCAGGUGGGUCAUCCUUCGAGGAAUGUGGUUGAGAUAAUAUUCGACACGAGGUGGGGUCCAAAAGGGUUUUCGGGUCGGGUCGAGAUGAUUUUUAAGAUCCAGAACUUGGCCCGGACAUCGGCCCGAUUUGAGGAGUACCGCGACUUGAUAAAAUCUCGGGCCGGGCCAGGGUGUGGGUCCGGGAGGUGUCGUGCGGAUGGUAAUGAGAUGAUGCGGUUUCAUUGCUUGGGUCCCACGAAUUCAGGAGGAAGCGUGAUGGACGGCUGUGAUGGUGUUUGUGAGAAGAUCAACGGUGGAAAAGCGGCGUCAAUAUGUACGUAUUCGGGUAGUGGAGCAGCCCAUGAGAGUGCGGGUGGGGGCCGUGGGAGGCGUGCCAUGGUGGUCUGUAGGGUGAUUGCGGGCCGGGUUUCGAAACGAGUCGGGCAUGGGUUGGACUCAGUGAAUGGGUCGGGCGAGUUGGGUGAUUAUGACUCAGUAAGUGUGGAGGAAAAUGGCGAGUUGUUGGUGUUUGAUUCUCGUGCGGUUUUGCCCUGUUUUCUUGUCAUCUACAAAUUGUAAAGACUUUUAAAAAAAACCAAAAAAAAAAGAAUUAAUCAACACAAUUUUUACUCUUUUUUAGUCCAUUUUUUUGGGGGGUUUCCAUCUUAAUAACCUCUUAGUAUAUUGGGCGGUAAUUUGGUAUUGGGUUUUUGGGACUUAAUUUUGUGUAAACAUUGUGUUGAUAGAUGUUUUUUACUAAUUUUCUCUUUGAUUGAAUGUGCAUAUUAUGGGAUUUUCUUCAUUACUUUAGCAA